AUGGCAAAGAAACAGAGAGUUACGACGGCAACUAGGAAACAGCUUAGGCAAAAGGAAGACGAGUACAUCGCAAACCUUGAGGCUCAGAUAGACGAAUAUGAUGCUGAAAGUUCCAAGCACACUCUUUUCAAGGAGCUGCCCCUGAGUCAUCACGCCGUGAAGGGCCUUCGAGACAAUGCUUUCGUCAAAAUGACAGAAAUCCAACAGAAGUGCAUUCCAGUGGCCCUAAAGGGCCACGAUAUACUGGGAGCAGCAAGGACAGGCUCGGGUAAGACGCUAGCCUUUCUGGUGCCCGUUAUCGAAAAGCUGUACCGCGAAAAAUGGACAGAGUUCGACGGUCUGGGCGCUCUGAUCAUAUCUCCGACUCGUGAAUUGGCCAUGCAAAUUUACGAGGUCUUGGCGAAGAUUGGACGGUACACAUCUUUUUCCGCAGGGCUUGUUAUUGGUGGUAAAGACGUGAAGUUUGAGCUGGAGCGUAUUGCGAAGAUCAACAUUCUCGUUGGUACUCCAGGAAGGAUAUUGCAGCAUAUGGACCAAGCCGUUGGGCUCAACACUUCAAAUCUACAAGUUCUAGUCCUCGAUGAGGCUGAUCGGUGCCUAGAUAUGGGGUUCAAGAAAACUUUGGACGCUAUUGUUACCAACUUGCCUCCAGUAAGACAAACGCUGUUGUUUUCCGCCACGCAAUCACAAUCUUUAGCGGACCUUGCAAGACUGUCUUUGACAGAUUAUAAGACUAUCGGAACUGCCGAAGUCAAGGAGUCAGCUAAUAUGCCUACCACCCCAGAAACGCUCCAACAGUCCUACAUUGGAGUAGAGCUUCCCGACAAGCUGGAUAUUCUUUACAGUUUCAUAAAGACUCAUCUUAAGACCAAAAUGAUUGUCUUUUUGUCCAGCUCAAAGCAAGUACAUUUCGUAUAUGAAACGUUCAGGAAGCUUCAACCCGGAAUAUCUCUGAUGCACCUUCAUGGGAGACAGAAACAAACGGCCAGGACGGAGACGUUGGACAAAUACAGCAGAGCUCAACACACUUGCCUCUUUGCCACGGACGUGGUUGCCAGAGGCAUUGAUUUUCCGGCUGUCGAUUGGGUCAUUCAAGCGGACUGCCCUGAAAAUGUUGACACGUAUAUCCACAGGGUCGGGAGAUCGGCUCGUUAUGGUAAACAAGGAAAAUCUCUAAUAAUGCUUACCCCUCAGGAAGAGGAAGGUUUCUUGAAGAGGCUAAAGCAGAGGCAUAUUGAACCUAACAAAUUAACCAUCAAACAAUCGCGGAGGAAGUCCAUCAAACCACAAUUGCAAUCACUACUCUUUCAAGAUCCCGAGCUCAAGUACUUGGGCCAAAAGGCUUUCAUAUCGUAUGUGCGGUCCAUCUACAUUCAAAAAGACAAGGAAGUGUUUAAAUUCGAAGAGCUGCCCAAUGAAGAAUUUGCAAACUCACUAGGGCUUCCCGGAGCACCCAAGAUAAAGAUGAAGGGUAUGAAAUCUGUAGAGAAAGCCAAGGAGCUCAAAAAUACCUCAAGACAGUUGCUAGCGCUUUCAAAGGCCAACGAAGACGGCGAAAUCGAAGAUCGCACCAAGGAGGUCAGGACUAAGAUCGAUAAAAUGUUCGACCGUAGAAACCAAACUGUAUUGAGUGAACACUAUCUCAAUGUCACGAAAGCACAGGCAGACGAAGACGAGGAAGAAGGGUUUAUGUCCAUUAAGCGCCAUGAUCAUCAGAUAAAUGAAGAAGACUUGCCGCAAUUGAUUGCCCCAACUUCUAAGAGGGCACAAAGAAAGGCGACUUCAAAAAAAGCCUCACUUGCCGGUAAGGGAAACCCCUCUAAGCUGGUAUUUGACGACGAUGGAGAGGCUCAUCCUAUCUACGAAUUGGAAGGCGAAGAUGAGUUCCACGCUAAGGGCGCUGCUGAGGAGCAAAAGGAUGCUUACCUUCUAAAGGAAUCCGAGGCCAUGAAAACUCAUGAUAUAGCAGACAAGAAACUUGCCAAACAGAAACGACAGGAAAAGAAGAGAAAGCGUCUCGAGGCCCUGAGGCGAGAGCAAGAGACUGAAAUGGACAGUGAGGAUGACGAGGGUAGUGGCCCUUACCAGGUCACAUUGGGAACUGGUGAUUUGAAUGAGGACCUGGAUGUGUCAUCGUCGGAGGAAUCUGGUCAUUUUGCCAAAAGAGCUAAAUAUGACAGCGCCAGUGACAGUGGCUAUGAGAGCGAGAGCUACGUCAAAAAAGAUAAACCAUCAGCCAAUGACAGACAUGCGCGCGUUAUUGAGAUGGAGGAACCUGAGUCCUUGGAAGAUCUAGAAUCCUUGACAACCAGACUCUUGCAGAAUUAG